CUUGAAGCUAAUGCUGUACAAACAUCCACAACAUUGAAUAAAAAAGAACUGCCCAUGAAUUUCAGGCACCACGUUGGCUGAUGGAUGGCAUUUUCUGUGAGCCUAACAAUUUAACAAUGAAACAUCCUGAAACACCGGAUUCGAAGCAAUAAAAUGUGAGUGCUCUUUUGUGUUCUGAAGUAUUUUAAAUUUUGUGACAAAAAGAGAGCCCGGAAUUGUCAUAUGGAACAUGGACAGGUGUGUCAUGGGAUUUCAUGUUGGUAGCUUCAUGCUGUCACACCAGUCUCUUCACUUCUUAUCUCUCCCUCGCCGCACUCAGGUCUGAGAGAAGAGCUACAUUUUAGACACGAAUGAAGCACGUGAAUGGUGAGAUCUUCUGGUGUAACACAAAGCAAACACAAACCUAGAGAAGGCUGGUCGUGGAAAACUCAAGUAUCCAAGGAACCAUGGAUGUUGUUUUCUUAUUCCAGUUAAUACUUCCUUUCUUGAACAAUUUGCUGAAGUACAGUUAUUCACAGUCGACUCCCCAGCCUGGUUGUUGUUCUCCCACACAUUCCGACAUGUCCCCCGACGUCCGCAAAGUCUGGAUGCUGGACUUGAACACAACCUUCUUCAUCAACAGCGUUGUAGUUGAGGCUGACACUAAUGACACUGAUUCAAUCAGCGUGGACAUCGGGACAACUUCAUGCAACACCUUCCAGGACACGGCCUGCUUCGUUUGGUGUAACACCCGUGAAGUGGUACAUAACGGUCUCUACGUCACAGUCAACAUCACGUGUAACGUCCCCAACGUCAAGGGUCGAUACGUGCGGAUCCGUCAGAACAGACCCAGUGACCUCGAGCUGUGUAAUGUCAGGGUCAUGGGCAGGUCAAGUACGAACAAAGCGCUAAAAAAUUAUGCGCUAAAGGCAGAGUGCUGGCGAAGUUGGUAUUCACCUGAGAACUUUAAAGCAAGAUACGCAGUUGAUGGUUCAGUGAAGGGCAGACCAUGGUGCAGCCGUACAGUAUCACCUGUCACAGAGACUCACUGGUGGACGGUGGACUUGGGGAGGCUGAGACUGGUGUCAUACAUCACCAUUGCAGACUCGUCAGAGUAUGACAGACUGACCAACUUUACGGUCGAUGUAAAUCGUUGGAAUGACAGAAACAAUGAACGCAAGCAAUGUCUAUAUUUUAAUGGCACUGCCCAGGACCUGAAGAACCUGACAUGCACGGGGUCAAUAUGGGGUCGUUAUGUCAACAUCUCAAAGACAGGACGUAGCCUCACGCUUUGCGAAGUUGAAGUCUACAGUGAUGAGGAUGAAAAUCGUCCAGUGUUUUCACAGGUUGCAAAGUUUGGCUGUGAUUCCCUCAACGAGUCUGAACAGAAUGCAACCUCCCUAGAAAUUCCGGAAGAGAACUUUAACGAGUCUGCCAAUGGUAUCAAGCAGCCUUGGGAAGAAAAAAAUAUGGACGAGAUAGAUUACUGCACCAAUUGCAAUUGCCACUUUCCAGUUGCAAAGAGUCCGGAAAGUGUCCAGCAGGAAGUGAAGGAAGCACAGAAAGAGUUAAAGGUGGAGACUAAAGAGAUGAGCCAGCAGGUCCGCAAGAAGACCAGUGUCCCUGACCAGCGCCUGUCUUCUCAAGCCGUUGGACUGAUUUGUGUUGUGACCCUUUCGUCCAUCUUUACUGUCGUUAUCGCCUGCGAUGCUUGUCGUCUGCUUCAUUAUUUACUCCACAGCAGAAACAAACACCUGAAAGUGUAAACCAGAAACGUUGCCAGAAGUCCCGUUGACCAAGUCAGUGAUGUAUGGAUACGCACUGAUGACCUGUCUGUUAUCUGCUUAUCGCUGGGCUGUCUACAUGUAAAAACAUAGUUUUUUUGUUGAAACAUUAUACAGAUACGUCUUUAAAAAUUAAUUAUGUAGCUAGAAAAAUGCUGAGCAGAUUUGCCAUUCAUCAGCAUGCACAGACAUAGUACAUUGUAACCUCGCUCACCACCUCAUGGACAUCACCGGAGCUCGCCACUAAUCACUGCUAACAGGACCUUGAUUUGUUUAAUUGUUACAAUCAUUUCUAUCAAAAUAUUAAAUUCCAGUCUGAAUGAUAUGACAAAAUAAUAUUUACUGCUGCUGUGAUAUUUGCACUAAGUAUGGUUUCUGAUUAUUUCUAAAUUGUGCUACUCAUUCAUUGUCAACGUGUACUUAGCUAACUUUAUUCCUUGUUUGUGUGGAAAUCAAAAUUUACAAAUCUUACGCACUUUUCUUACAUAAUUACUUUUUCCAGUUAUUUUGACAAUAUAGAUUAUAUAGAUUAGAAAUAUAUUUUAACUGAUUAAUUUAUGUUCUUCUCAAUGUCUGAAGUAGUUGUUGUGUGUAAUGAAACCAUGAUAGUGUCCCCCAUGAAAGAACCACGACAGGAUUUAAUUCUCAAUUCUUUUCAGAGCUAUGUUUGCAUAAAUCAGUUACUGUUUAUGUGUGGUACAACUUAUUAUAACCACUGACUAAUCUUAAUCCCUUGUAAUGUGAACCUUUGUUUACAUAGCAGCGUUCAAUCUUCACUUAAGUGUUCAGAAAAAAUAUCUGGAAGAAAUUAACAGGUUUACAGAAAGCUCAAUUUCCUGAGAUGGUGGGCAGAUGAUGCUGGUCUCACAACCAUAGCAGCGACAGGGGUGAUGUCGGAAGCUUCCAUUUCUGCACCAAAUUCUGUCUCUACAAGUCUCUUGUUAGGCCAAUUACCACAACAUGUUUUCUUUAUGUGAUUUGUAUUAGAACACAAGUUCUGACUACUAGCUGAUUAGCUAUAGGGCCUCUCAUCCCGAGCUGACAGGCUCAUUCAUGUCUUUUCCUUUUUUUUCCCCCUCACAUACUUUUAUCGAUGGAUGCCCUCUGGAUUACACCCAAUUACAAUUCUCAACUGGUGUAGCUUUAAUGUAUAAUGUUCGAUAAUAUUCUUGUGGUAUAUUUUACAUAAUUGUAUCAACUUAACUUUUUAGUUUAUAAUCAGGAUGUUUGUUGUUGCUCACUUCUCCCAUUGAAAUGGAUCUCAUUUAAACAAUAAAAGGUUCGAGUUCGAUUUUGUAAGGAAAUCAUGUUGCAUGGGUGCUGAACGUGGACCUUGCUCACAGAACAAGAGAAUUUGAGACGAAAAGCUUUAGUUGACAGAGCAAAGGACAAGCGACAUCGAGCGCAGCCUAGUCACCUGUCUGAUGGAUCCUCGGGAGUCUCUGAUGGCUACAGUCAAGUGGUUCAGUCAUGUCAUGUCGA